UUUCUACUGCAAUAAUAUUAUUUAACUUAUGAAAGAUGCAACCGAGUCACAGGAUUGCUAUUGUUGCCGUUUCAUGUGCUGCAUUUGGAAUAAUUAUUGGAGUUUUGAUCGGCUGGUACAGCCAUCCGACGUCUUCAGCUCCGACUGAGCCAAAUCCACCAACUUCAGAUCCAGAAAUUUCUAAACAAAUACGAGAUGAAAUCAAGGCUGAAAAUAUUGAAUUAUACUUAAAAGAACUAACCGACGAGCCGCAUAUUGCUGGUCGCGAUGUCGAUGAGAAAAUAUUAGUCGAUUACAUAAGGGGGAAAUGGGAAGAUUUUGGAUUUGAUGUCGAAGUUCAUCCGUAUGAUGUUUUGUUAUCUUAUCCAGAUCAGGAGGACUCAAAUCUAAUAUCUGUCAUACUAGACAAUGGGACCGAACUAUACAAAUCUCAACCUAGCGAAAAGAUCUUAGAUGAUUCUCAAAUAAGUGACAAAGUCGUAAAUCCAUUCAAUGCUUACUCUGCUACGGGUGAUACAGAGGGUCAUCUAGUAUAUGUAAACUAUGCAAGAAUUGAUGAUUUUCUUCAACUUACUCGCGAUUUAGGAGUAAACCCUGCAGGUCAUGUUUGUAUAUCAAGAUAUGGGCGAAUAUUCAGAGGUUCCAAAGCACAAAUAGCACAAAGCUACGGCUGCAAGGGAUUGAUUUUGUACUCUGACCCAUAUGACUAUACAGUUCCGUGGUCUGGUGUUUAUCCGGAUGAUUGGUUUCUACCCGGCACAGGAGCACAAAGGGGAAACCUUCAGACAUUGAAAGGUGAUCCACUGACUCCACAAUAUCCCGCUAUAGAUACAGCCUGGAGAAUGUACGAGAAUGAAACAACACUUCCAACUAUUCUUGUUACUCCUAUUGGUUAUGACGAUGCUGUAAAGUACUUGGAGCGAAUGGGAGGAGACGAAGUGCCAGAAGAAUGGAAGGGGAGUCUGAAUAUAACUUACCGUCUUGGACCUGGUUUUGUCGGCGAGUUGAAUAAUACUGGAAAAAUCAAGAUGCAUAUAACGACGAAAAACGAAAGAGCUAUAACACACAAUAUAUUUGGUUACAUUCGCGGAGAGGUAGAGCCAGAUCGUUACGUUUUGAUUGGGAAUCACAGAGAUGCUUGGGUUUUUGGAGCGAUGGAUCCAUCAUCUGGCACUGCAGCUCAACUGGAAAUUGGCCGUUCUAUUGGGGUAGCUGUUAAAAAGGGUUGGAGACCACGAAGAACAAUUGUGUUAUGUAACUGGGGUGCGGAAGAAUACGGAGUUAUAGGCUCUACAGAAUGGGUGGAAGAGUUUCAAAAACUACUCUCAUCCAGGAGCGUCGCGUAUUUGAAUAUUGACACUGCAGUGCAAGGAAAUUAUACGUUGAGGAUGGGAGCAGGCCCGCAUCUCAAUGAAUUAAUAUUUAAUUCAGCAAAGUUUAUUGAGACACCCCACGACAGCGAAAUUGGUGAUGGUCGUAACACAAUGUACGAAACUUGGGCGGAUCGCAGCCCUAAAGACUCUGCAGACCCGAACAGUCUUCCAUUAAUAUCAACGCUUGGAUCUGGGAGCGACUACAUGGCCUUCAUACAAAUUACCGGAAUACCAUCAGUGCAUAUUCGUUAUUACUACGAUACAUCAAUUGGAAUUCGAUCAUAUCCUGUUUACCACUCAGUGUAUGAAACAUUUGACCUCGUGAAGGAUAUCGUAGAUCCAGACUUCAGAAUCACGAAAUCAGUUGCUCAGCUGACUGCUGAAAUUGCUUGGAGACUCAUUGACAAUCCUGUCUUACCUCUAAAUUGCGUGGAUUACGCUGCUAGAUUAUGGGAAGACAAAGAUAUUUUUGUGCAGGCUUAUGGACAAUUGAUGUCAGAUAACGGGAUCAAUUUAAAUGAAUUUGAUUACGCACUGCAAAAUUUUUCAUCUGCUGCAGAAGACAUGCAAACAAGGGUAAAAAACGUGAAUAUCGCAAAUGAUAUCGAACUCCGAGCUAUUAAUGAUCAGUUAAUGCAGCUGGAACGAGCAUUUAUUGAUAUGAAUGGAAUAGGAAACAGAACUAAUGUGAGGCAUGUGAUAUACGCACCGAGUCUGCACGAUACAUACGCAAGUUCUGCGUUUCCGGGUUUGGUUGAUUCAUUGUUUGACAUUGAUUCCGAUUCCGACCCAGAAAAAAGAUGGAGAGAGGUUAGACGCCAAUACUCCAUUCUUCUCUUCCAUAUCGGUUCAGCUGCCUCCACAUUGAGAGACGUCGUUCCGGUCAAAGGAUAUUCAAAUUAUUAAGAAUUACAAGUAUCAUUUACUUCAAUCAUUUUGCAAUCAAAAUUAUUUCGAUUAAAAUAUUGGAAAAAUUAUUUUAUGAGAAUGCAUUAGAAACUUACGUCCUUAGAUUGAUCAUGAAGACAUGAAAUAAAGACUACAUUCGCAAAAGGCCGUAUAAUUUUGUUUAAUUUCUUUCUCGUGCAUUACGUAUUUUGUAA